AUGUCCGCUCCUAUCGACAUCAGCGAGCCGCUGCAGUCGCUGCGAGUUAACGACGAGCAGCUGCGUGGGGUCGCGCCGUACGCCUCAGCAGAGACGAUACAGAACAACAUGGAAGCGGCGUGCGCAAUAACAGUGCGCGGAGGUCGUGGGUCCGGAAGCCUCGUCGACGGCAGGCCGCUGGGCUUGCCUCGCUAUUGCGUGCUGACCAAUCACCACGUCAUCAGCACUGAGGCGGACGCGGAGCAUGCAACGGCAGUCUUUAACAAGCUCGCCUCAAAUCCCGGCUCUUGGAUAACGAUUAAGCUGGACCCAAGGGCGGGCUUCGCUGCGGGGUGUAGCCGUCCGCUCGACUACUGCUUCGUCGCUGUGCUCACCGAGGAUGUGCCGAAGCUAAAGUGCACGCCGAUCUCGCUCGCGCACGCAACGUCGAAGCCCAGUGCGAACAUCACCAUUACCAUUUGGCAGCACCCGCAGGGCGGCGUGAAGGUGAUGAGCAACUUCCACGUAGAAAAGAUGACAGAUGAGGGCAGCAUCUCCUACCAGAACGACACCGAGCCCGGCUCGUCAGGCUCGCCCAUCUUUGACAAUGUCGGGCGGCUUGUCGGCAUCCACGCCCAAGGUGGCAGCGACGCUAACAGCGGCUGCCUGCUCUUCAGCAUCGCCAAUGCAGUCAAGGCGGUCUCGAUGAGUAUGGGAAGGAGGAUCGAGGGGUGCGGGUGGCGGGUGGACGCGCUGCGCGUGUAA